CCAGAACCAGAUCCAGAACCAGAACCAGGUCGGUCGGUGCGUUUGCCGUCUGUGGGACUGAGAUCCUCUCUGCUCGCUCGUCCCGGGGUCAUGGUUGAAGAGGGGCAGCAGAGUUUGGAGGCGCGGGGGAGCUCCGUACCGGAGGACGAGCAGGUCCCGUUCCCGCUGCUGCAGGGCGAGUGUGUGGAGCGUGUCGGGAGAGCAGAGGAGUCUGUCAUUGCCUUAACCAGCUACCGCCUUCACAUCAAGCUGCAGGAGAACCUCAUCAAUGUUCCUCUGCAGCUGAUUGAAAGUGUGGAGUGUCGGGAUCUGACACAGCUGCAUCUCACCUGUAAGGACUGUAAGCUCAUCAGGUGUAACUUCCUGUCGGCGGAGCAGUGUCAGGAUUGGCUGCGGAGGAUCAGCGCAGUCGUUCGACCGCCGGCGCGGCUGGAGGAGCUCUUCGCCUUCGCCUUCCUCUCGUGUAGCGCCAGCGUCUCCGCCGAGGACAGAGAGGUGCAUGAUGGGAUCUGCCGUGCAGGAGGACACCAGCGGAGGUUCAAGCGAGAGCUGGAGAGGAUGGGCUUCGACAGCCACAGUGCCUGGAGAAUCUCCAACAUCAACAGCAACUACAGGCUCUGUGCCAGUUACCCAGAGCAAAUAAUGGUGCCUGCUGCGGUCAGCGACCAGGAGCUGGAGAACGUGGCAGCGUUUAGAUCGUGGAAGAGGAUCCCGGCUGUCGUUUACAGACACCAGAGUUCGGGCGCUGUGAUUGGUCGAUGCGGGCAGCCAGAGGUCAGCUGGUGGGGUUGGCGUAAUGCUGACGAUGAGCAUUUAAUACAAGCCAUCGCUAAAGCCUGCGUCACGGAUCCGGCCGCAAACACAGCGCAGGCUAACGGCUCCUGCCUUUACCAUCACAGCAGCGGUGCGCUCAGUGACUCUGAUCCUCACAUGGCCAAUGGGAGCGCAGAGGCGGAGCCAAAGACCACGCCCCCUCAGAAGCUGUUAAUAAUGGACGCGCGCUCGUACGCUGCUGCAGUAGCCAAUCGGGCGAAAGGAGGCGGCUGUGAGUGUCCAGAGUAUUACCCCAACUGUGAGGUGAUGUUCAUGGGAAUGGCCAACAUCCACUCCAUCCGGAAGAGCUUCCAGUGUUUGCGGACGCUCUGUGCUCAAGUCCCCGAUCCGGUCAACUGGCUGUCGGCGUUGGAGGGCACUAAAUGGCUGCAGCAUCUGUCUCUGCUGCUGAAGGCGUCUCUUCUGGUGGUGAACGCGGUGCAUCGGGACCGCAGGCCUGUGCUGGUGCACUGCUCCGACGGCUGGGACCGCACGCCUCAGAUAGUGGCUCUGUCCAAACUCAUGCUGGAUCCCUUCUACAGGACCAUUGAGGGUUUUCAGGUGCUGGUAGAGGCCGAGUGGUUGGAUUACGGUCAUAAGUUCGCCGACCGCUGCGGUCACGGCGAGAACGCGUGCGAUCUGAACGAGCGCUGUCCCGUGUUCCUGCAGUGGCUCGACUGCGUUCACCAGCUCCAGAGACAGUUCCCAUGCUCCUUCGAGUUCAACGAAGCCUUUCUGGUGAAGUUAGUGCAGCACACGUACUCGUGUCUGUUUGGGACGUUCCUGUGUAACAGCGUGAAGGAGCGCGAGGAGCAGCGCGUUCAGGAGAAGACGUGCUCCGUUUGGUCUCUGCUGCGACCCGCCAACACGUCCUUCCACAACAUCCUAUACUCGCCGCGCUCCGAGACGGUUUUGCACCCGGUGUGUCACGUGAGGAAUCUGAUGCUAUGGAGUGCCGUCUACCUGCCAAACUCCGCCCCCUCCACGCCUUCAGACGAGUCAUGUGUGCCAGACUCCGCCCCCUCAGCCUCGCCCGAGGACACACCUGUGAGCAGUGCAUGUAAACACGAACAGGAAGUGAGAGAAGACGACGACAGGAUGCUGGAUCUUCUAAAUAACACGCCUGCCUUCAGUAUCUCAUUGGAAUCAGCUCUGAAUGCCAGUAACAGUGAGGACCAAACGUUUGAGCUUGAAGAAAAACGCCUGACUGCAUCCCAGCAUCCUUUGCCCACCAAUGAAAACAGUGAAUUAACACCAAACACCGACAAUGACGCACCUUAUAAAAUCUCCCAUGAUCCUUCAGAAUCUAGCAGCCAAUCCUCCAUGGAAAGUUCUUCCAGUCCAAACCACACAACUCAGACUCUUAACGGCGUCUGCUCACCUUCACAGCAUCCCGUUCGUCCUCUUUUUCCGUCGGCCAAUCAGGACGCAGCGGGAGACGCUUACACGCCUUACGCUCCGUAA